AAGGGGUGAACAAAAUUGCACUCCUUGAAACACCCCAUCUCUCCUCUCUGCAAUGGUCGCCUGCAACUUUCCCUUCUCAUCCUCCAUUCACGACCGGCAGUCGCGCGUUUUCCUUCCAUGGCAGCAACGACUCUUUCCCUCACCGAUUUAUAUCUUCUGCACUCUUUCGCGAUCUCUCUCUCUCUCUCUCUAUCUCUCUCGUGCUCCACUUCUUCUCGGUGAUGUGGGUGGCGGAAAAUCUCAGGUAAGAAUGUAGCCCUGUACCGCCACUCCUCGACUUCGAUUUUCAUGGCCGAGAUUGUUGGUAUCGUGGUUCGUGGCUUGAUUCCCCUUGCCCUCCUUCGGUUCGGAAUCGUCUUUCGAACUCUCGGAUACCAGGUCCGAUUCCGCCCCUUCUGCUUCGUCUUCUUCGUCUUCUUUUUCCUCCGUUUCUGCUUCGACUUCUUCGUCUUCUGCUGCUACGUCUUCUUCUUCCUGUUUCUGCUUCGUCUUCUUCUUCUUCUUCUUCUUCUUCUGCAUCUUCUUCUUCCUCUUCCUCGCGAAGAACCCGAACCCCAGACAGCAAUGGCCGUGGCUUAGCGGCCCCUGAUGACAGUGGUCGAAAGCCACCACCGCCGACCGACACUCCCUUCCCCAACCCUCACUCACGCAGCAUGUGCACUGCUUGGCUGCCAAAACCUCCAGACCCUAAAAUUAAUUUAGGGUGUUUGGUUGGUUGGUGCAAGCCUAAUCCAAUCCAUGGAUAUGAUGCACCUGAAUUGCUCCAAGAUAUUCCAGAAUUAUUUAAUAUCCAAAUUGAGAAAAGGAUAAUUGGGAUAGCCAAUUCCAAUGGUUGUUCAAUUCCUGAUUUAAUACAUAAUAUUGAGAUUUGCUUAUGAUAUUCUUAUUUAUCUAAUUCCCAAUUUAAUUAGAUUAACUUAUGAUAUCUUGAUUUAUUUGCUUCCAAAAUAGAUGUGUACUACCCUUGGUUAGCCAAAUCCCAUGGUUAACCAAUUCCUAUUUUAAUUUAGUAACUAUAACAAACCCAAUUUGGGCCAAGCCCAAUUUUAUUUCAAAUCGGGCCCAAGUUUAUUUUCAAAAAUCCAAAUUUAGUUGGUAAAGCUUAAUCCUCAUGUUCCAUUAAAGCCCAACCAAUUUUCUUAAAAGUCCAGUGUUAGAAUUAUAUUCACGUCACUCCGUUUGUAGCUUCGUGGUUCGUUAGUCAAUUAUGAUAAAUAUUUUAAAUUGUUGAAAAUAUUUUAGAUCUUGCAUUUUUUUUAAUUUAAUUCUCUUGUAAUUUAAUAAUUUUGUUAGGUGAUUUUAACGUGAUCAUAAUUGUUAAAGGCGUGCCUAGGUGCCAGUUCGAUGCCUCACCUAGGCCAAGGUGAGGCAAUUUCAACGAGGCCCUCGCCUUUCAUAGUGAGGCGUCGAGGUGCGCCUCGCCUUGUGCGCCUCUCGUAUCAAGCUCCAGGACCCUUUGCGACUCACGCCUUUCAAAACUAUGGACGCGAUCCAACCGAGAGGCAAUUGAGAGAAUUUCAAAUCUAGUAUAACACUAUGAAUAGAAGAGUUAGACCACCAAUUACUCGAGGGCUUCUCACAGUAUUCUUCUUUCUUGGAUUAAUUGGGAUAUUUGCGAACCAAACACUCUUUCUUCUUGGUCUUCGUUACACAAAUCCUACUUAUGCUGCAGCUAUACAGCCUUCAAUCCCUGUCUUUUCAUUCAUAUUGGCUGUGCUUAUGGGUACAGAAAGAGUGAAUUUGUUCAAAAUUGAAGGUCAGGCAAAAGUUGGAGGUACAAUUGUAUGUGUGUCAGGUGCCAUAUUGAUGGUUCUGUUUCGAGGUCCAGUCUUGACUGGAUAUAUGGAGUCAGAAUCUGCAGCAAGUAUUCAAAUAAUUUCCAUGGAACGACCAGAACCUGUGGGAUGGUUUAUGUCUAACUUUCUGGGGUUUGGUCUUGAUCAUUGGCACCUUGGUGUCUUGUGCUUAAUAGGAAACUGCCUCUGCAUGGCAGCCUAUCUAAACAUCCAGGCUCUAUUUCAUGCCAAAUAUCCUGCCAGCCUAUCAGUGACAGCAUAUUCAUACUUUUUUGCUUCUCUCCUUAUGGUAGUGACGGCAGUCUUUGUGACCAAUUGGCCAACAGACUGGAUCCUGACCCCAUCAGAGGUUUUUGCAAUACUCUAUGCAGGAAUUAUUGCGUCAGCUCUGAACUAUGGACUAGGGACAUGGUCCAAUAGUAUCCUGGGACCUUCUUUGGUUGCUCUCUUUAACCCAAUUCAACUUGUUGUGUCUACCUUCUUGACCAGAAUUUUCCUUGGAAGCCCUAUUUAUUUGGGAAGCAUUCUAGGGGGAGUUUUAAUUUUUUCUGGGCUCUAUUUGGUCAUUUGGGCAUUCCACAGAGAAACAAAGGCUGCCAUCUCAUCUCAUGUCACACCACAGACUGAGCCGCUGAUUCACAAAGAUCCAUCACUGAACAAGACCCCAAUUUAGAUCGGGCACAUUUUCUUUUCUGGGAUAUAUUUACUGGAGGUUGGGAGAACGCAAAAAUGUUGGGUGCCAUUUUCCUUCAGAGUUCACUGUUUUAAGCUGUAUCUCUCGACAUGUCUUGCCUUUUGGAAGCAUGCAUCUCACAGGUGUUAAUGGAAAGCAUGUUCAACAGAAUUCUUUUACGCUAAAAUUGUGUUAUUUAGCUGACCAUAUAAAGUGAAAAUUAAGGCUUGUGACGUUUCUGCUGCUGGGAUUUUCUGAGUAAAUUUAAGGUUUGU